AUGGCCACCAUGUUCCGCAACUUCUCCUUCGACCCCGUUCCCCGCCCGGCCUACGCCGCGUAUGAGGCCGAGCGGGCUGCCAUGAACGUAUCGCCUACAUCGCCAGCCUUGCUCCCACAGCACCCAAGCCGCCCACCCACGCCGCCCUGCACAAUGGGCGACCUCGCCCUCCAGCUCAACCACCAGACCCUCCGCAUCGACUCGUCCGUCGCCUGUGGCCCCGCGCGUCCUCCCACGCCCGACAGCGACUGCGACAGGAGCCCGUCCUCGCCCAUCACCGAAUGCGUGCACGAACACCCACGCCCCACCUACUCGCGCAUCUCAGCCUCAAUCCUGCGCAUGCAGCGCCAGCACACAUCGCGCAUGCAGUGCACUUCCUCGCACGCCCGCGACAUCUCCAAGCUCGUCCAGAUGAUCGAGGCUGAGAAGCAGUGCACCGUCACCCCUGCAUCCUCGACAUGUCCACCGACCGCGUCCUCUGCCCACGACGAGGCGGUUGACAUGGACUACGACCUUCCCGUCAAGCGCAUCGAGGCAACCAUCGCCACCCCAGUCUGGCGGGCAUCUGAUCGCCGGGAGAGCAGCGUCCGCGUCACAAAGAUGGUGCGCAUGCGCAAGCGUUCGCGAGAGAACGGCGUGUGCAAGUAG